AUGUUAAGAGACGUUGAUCUAGAACAUCAAUUGGAAGAGGAUGUCCAAAAUGAACUGCACAUCGAUUUACCACCAGGUACUGAGUUGAUGCACGAUGUUGGCCAUAUUCAUUUUGCAAAGAAAGGCAAUACAGUUCUGAUUCCUCAGCCUGAUAAUAACCCAAAUGAUCCAUUAAACUGGUCCAAACCUUGGAAGUAUUCUAUUCUCAUUGGAUCAAGUCUUUUAUCAUUCAUUCAUCAAAUAGGUGGUCUCUCAAUUGCACCUCAAGUACCAUUCUAUGUCGAAGAGUUCAACCGCUCAGCAGAUGAUGUGCUUCUCCUGACAGGUGUUUAUAUUCUACUCAUGGGUCUUAGUACCUGGUUUUGGAUUCCAAUAAGUGAAAAAUAUGGACGACGAAUAGUCAUUCUUAGUGUGAGUCAAAACAUUUUCGACAUCCUUUGA